AUGAGAGCUCAUUGGACAAUAGUUUUCUUAGCUCUGCAUCCAAGAGGGCCAGGACAGCCUACACCAACUCCCAGCUGGUAG